AUGUUCAAUGAAGGUAACUUACGACUCGACGCUGCAGUUGCAACGAAAAAUUUUGCUGGUGUCGCAAUGGCACAACUACUUAUUGGAGGUGACGAUUCAUUUGGAACUGUGUCACGAGUUAAAGAUAAAGAAAAUAAUUUAUUUUAUGCUUUAAAAACCAUUCCAAAAAAACCUGGAAAUAAAUCUAAAGCAUCAAGUGUUGAUAAUGAAGUAAAAUUAUUAACAGAAGUUAAUCAUUGA